AUGGCUUCAAACACGAACACAACGAGUGAUAAUAAGCUGAAAACAGCAGCUGAAGAUGGAGAUAUAAACCUUCUCUACUCAGUCAUCGAGGAGGAUCCACAAGUUUUGGACCACAUAGAUUCAAUAUCAUUUGUUGAGACACCAUUACAUGUUGCUGCAUCAUUUGGUAACAUAGGGUUCGCGGUUGAGAUUAUGAGGCUGAAACCUUCAUUUGCAUGGAAGUUAAAUCCACAAGGAUACACACCUAUGCACCUGGCUAUGCAACAUGGCCACAAGAGAAUGGUGGUUCGCUUUGUAGAUGUGAACAAAGAAUUGGUCAGGGUUAAAGGGAGGGAAGGUGUCACUCCUUUGCAUUUUGCAAGUCAAAUUGGAGAAGUUGAACUUUUAGGUAACUUUCUCUUGGCUUGUCCAGAUUCUAUUGAAGAUGUGAGUAUUAGAAGUGAGACUGCACUUCAUAUUGCAGUGAGAUAUCAACAGUAUGAGGCUCUUCAACUCUUAGUUGGAUGGCUCAAGAGAACAUGCCAGACCAAUGCCAUUCAGAUAGAAAAAACAAUAUUAAAUUGGAAGGAUGACGCUGGUAACACCAUUUUGCAUGUUUCCGCACUCCUGAAUGACUCAAAGGCACUUGAGUUGUUACUGAAGACUAAAAUAGACUUGAAGGCAAAGAAUUUGGAGAAGUUAACAGCACUAGACAUAGCAACUAGCGCAGAGAUAAAGAAAAUAUUAGUGAAGGCUGGUGCAAAACGUGGUUCAUCAGUAACUGAUGCUCCCACCCUUGUGGAUAUUCUAAAAUGGAACAUCACAUUAAUGGAAAAAAUAGUUAUAUUUAUACUUCGCAUUAGAAGGGAUAUUACGGAGGAUCAACGCAAUGCUUUGCUUGGAGUUGCUGCUCUUAUUGCAACCGCUACUUAUCAAUCAGUGUUAAGUCCCCCUGGUGGAGUUUUUCAAGCUAGUGCUGACAAUAAUAAUAUUAACACCACUUCUUCGAAUUCUACUGCUACAGAAGGAAAUGCUGGAACUUCUGUUCUGAAUGAAGGUGAUUUCUUGACCUUAUCGAUUAUAAAUUCGCUUUGCAUUUUGGUUUCAACUGUGACUAUUCAUAUUCUGACGCCAAGUGGGAUAGUGGGUAGUAUAUUGAUCACACCAAUGUUUUGGUUUGCAUACUGCUAUCUCUAUUCUAUGAAGGUCAUAUCCCCCACUAAUGCUACCCAAAUUGUCAAUUUAAUUAUGAUGUGUUUAUUCGUCACCUUGCAUUCGGGGAUACAAUGGACAUUUUCGAUAGUGUACAAGAGACUUAAGCAUCAUUAUAAAAAGAGGAAAGUGGAAACAAGGAAUAUUGAUAUAGGAAGAAAUCUAUGGUAAGUGUGGCAUUGCUGCAAAUUUGACUAGUAGUACUGUUGAGUGUUGUGUUAGAAAUAAUAAUUAAAAAAUAGUCUGAACUAUUCUAGUUGUGUAUAUUAAGAAAGAUUAUCUUUAUUAAAAGUAUGUUAUUCUUUCUUAUGUACAACUACAGGACAUUUAUCAUUAGUAUUAAUAUUAUGUCAAUAUAGUAGUAUU